AUGGCGUCUCUUUCAUGUUUUGUAGAUUUGGACAGCAAUGACGAAGGAGGGCUCGACGGCGGCGCCGCAGACGAGGAAGGCUGGUUCGGCAACGCGUCCGACACGCGCUCCGAGUCUUCGUCCUACGGCGACACCCAGGAUGAACUCUACCUGCCGAGGGGCUCGUCCCCGGACGCCGAGCACCAGAGCCCGACGGGCUGCCCCACGCCCGUUCACCGCGCCUCCUUGGAACUCCUGGGACUGGGCGGCGGCGCCUUCUCGCCGCAGGACACUGUCACGUCGGUGGUGUCUUCGCUGUACGGCGAUGCCGCGUCCCGCGCCCUCGGGAAGCCCCUCAGCAGCAAUCUGCGCCGCCUCCUAGAGGCCGGAUCGCUCAAGUUAGACUCUGGGGACCUGCUGGGGCGGGCGUCCCGAGGCGGUGACUCCCCGCCGAUAGGUCUGGCGUCGCCCUUGACGCUCUCCCCUUCUUCGCAUCAUGCUCAGCAGCUAAGCGCGCUGGCCCGCAAGCUAGCCAACAAUAACAGCGGCGCCGCCUCGCCAGCGCUCGCCGUUAAACAAGAACCGGCGGACAACUUUAACUCCCAGAGUAACGGGGGCUUUGUAUGGGCGGGCGUCGCGGACAAGUGGCCGCCCACCGGCCGCUCCACGCCCCGCGGGUCCAGCCUCUCCCCGGACUCGGCCAUCCAGAAGUUAAAAGCGGCGGCCAACGCGGUGCUUCAAGACAAGAACGCCGUGUCGACCGCCGCCGCCACCACUGCGUCGUCCGCUGCAAUUUCCUCUGUCGUGCCGCCCCUUGGAGGGGCCGGCGUCAGAGGGGACGACGUGGUGCGAUUUGAUGCCUUUAACUCUCCGUUCAGCCCGCAGUCGGCCAGCUCCACCUUGGCCGCCCUUUCCAAGAAAGUCAGCGAGCGGAGCCACGGUUCGUCGGCGCCCGGGACGCCCGCCGAUCACCAGAACUCGGGGACGUCUUUCCUGUCGCUGGUGUCCAUGACGUCGUCGGCCGCCUUGCUCAAAGAGGUGGCGGCCAGGGCGGCGGGGAACCUGCUCGCCGAGAAGAAGGAAGGGUCCCCGCUGUCGGGCGGCGGCAUCCUCCAAGAGGAUGUUAAGCCCCUGCUGGACAAAAACCAUAAGGCGCCCACACCGUCGACACCCACCCAAAGUCUGGAGAUGUUGUUGCCCUCCACGCCCAAAGGAAGAGGGAAACCCAACAGCCAAGCAGGCUCACCGGAGGAAGGCGGCAAACCGUUCCAGUGUCCCGUGUGCGGUCUGGUCAUCAAGCGCAAGAGCUACUGGAAGAGACACAUGGUCAUCCACACGGGCUUGAAAAGCCACCAGUGUCCGUUGUGUCCUUUCCGCUGUGCCCGCAAAGACAAUCUCAAGUCCCACAUGAAGGUACAUCAACACCAAGACCGGGGCGAGACGUUCCAGUGCGAGCUGUGUCCGUUCACGUCCUCCCGCCACUUCAGCUUGAAGCUUCACAUGCGCUGCCACCAGCACUUUCCGCGCACCGACGUCAAGGUCAAAGAGGAGCUCGCCACCGACACCGAGGGAGAGGGCUCGCAGACGGGCGACGCCGCCGCCGACCCCGCAGGGAGCCGAGCGUCCCCGCUUCACCCGGACGCCCGGCUGCGGUCUUCCCCGCCGGACGGGUCUCCUUCCAAUCACGUCCACGUCAAGGAGGAACCGCUGGAGAGGGAUCUAUCGGUGUUGUCGCCGUUUAGCGUGGGCAGGGAGCGGCCCAGGAGCAGCGCUAACUCCUCGGACCUGCCGGGCGUCGGGGUGCGUUCCAGCCCCGGCGGUCCGACCGCGGCCUCGCUCUUUAGCCCGGACAUCACGACCAAGACGGCCACCGACUUGCUUAUGAAGCUAUCAGCGGCCAACCAGAGGGAGGCGUUGAAGUCGCCCUUUCACCUGAAGGAAGAACCCAAAACGGAGGAAGACUCGAGUCCCAGACCCGCCUCCCAGUGUCAAAUCCUGCCCAGCUUCCCCGGGACGUUCUGCCAGGACGAGAUAACGAGGCCCGAACGCCCGGGGUCCCUUAAACCGAGAGAAGGGAGCCCCUCGGCGGCCAACAGCUUACUGAGCCAAGACAUCAACGUCAAAGUGGCAUCCGAGUUGCUGAUCAAACUUUCAGAGAACAACAAAGACGGCCUCUUCCAGAAGGUGAAGGUAAAAGCUGAACCCAUGGAAGUGGACCCAGCCCCCGCUGACGUGUCGCCGCCCACGGCCCCGCCCACCGCUCCUCCUCACCUGAUGGCUUUCGGCACUCUAGGGGCGCACGAGAAAACUGAGCCGGAGCCUCUGGCGCGCCCCCAGAAGGACCUCUUUUCCCAGGACAUCUCGGUCAAAAUGGCCUCCGAGCUCCUCUUCAAAUUGUCAGAAAAAGUGAGCAGAGCCAACAACCACAAGGACGGGAACAUGGUGGGAAUCAACAGUCCCUUCUUGGACGAGUGCUUUGGACAAUCACCCUUCAACUCGCGCUCCAAAAGCUCCUCCCCCGCAGAGGCCAGCUCCUCCACCCGCCCGCCUUUUCACGAUUCCGAAAAGGACGACAGCGAACCGGGCAACGGGAUCGCCCAAUGGCGGCUAAACGAUCAGCUCUACCCGUGUCCUGUCUGCGGGAAAGUGUUUGGAAGGCAGCAGACGCUAUCGCGACACCUGGCGCUGCACACAGAGGAGAGGAAGUACAAGUGUCACCUGUGCCCGUACGCCGCUAAGUGCAAGGCCAACCUCAAUCAACACCUGAGCAUCCACUCGGUCAAGCUGGUCACCACCGACGCCGAUCAGAUCGUCACCGCCGUGGCGGCCGCCGACGCCGCCGAGCGCAAGAACUGCGCUUACUACUACAGCUGCCACGUUUGCGGCUUCCAGACGGAGCUCAACGCUCAGUUCGUGGGCCACAUGUCGCUCCAUGUGGACAAGGAGCAGUGGAUGUUCUCGCUCUGCUGCAGCGCCUGCGACUUCGUGUGCAUGGAGGAGGGCGACAUGAAAAGUCACAUAAGCGCAGGGCACGCCGGCCUGACCUCGCGGAGUCCCCUGAGCGAGACCAAGAGCACGUCGUCGUCGCUGUCGGCGCUGAGCGACUCGCUCAACAGCUCGGAGGGCGGCGACCUGGCGCACGGCGGCGCCGAAGAACUCAAGAGUCUGCUGGCCCCGCCGUCCUCGGCCGGCAGCCAAUCCAGCUCCGGGAGCCACUCGGGUUCGGAAGACAAAUCCGAAAAAGGCUUCGAAUGCGUGUUCUGCACGUUCGUGUGCAAGACGCGCAGCAUGUACGAGCGUCACCUGCAGAUCCACCUGAUCACGCGCAUGUUCGAGUGCGACGUGUGCCACAAGUUCCUGAAGACGCCCGAGCAGCUGCUGGAGCACAAGAAGUGUCACAGCGUCCCCGCCGGAGGACUCAAGUGCCCCUUCUGCCUCUACUCCAGCGGUCGCCCGGCGGCCAUGGAGUGCCACCUGAAGACGCACCUUCAGACGGAGCACCGCUGCCGCAUCUGCCAGGGGCUGUGGCCCGACCGCCCCUCCCUGGAGGCCCACGCGCGCGCCCACCGCCUGGGCAACCACUACCGCUGCGAGCGCUGCGGCUACCUGUCUAAGACGGCCAACAAGCUCAUCGAGCACGUGCGCGUGCACACGGGCGAGCGGCCCUUCCACUGCGACCGCUGCCCGUACCGCUGCAAGCGCAAGGACAACCUCAACUUGCACAAGAGGCUCAAGCACGCGCCGCCCGCCCCACGGGACCAGGGCGGCGGCGCGGGGCGGGAGGCGCGGCCGCCGCCGCGCUCCGUCGCGUCCGCUCGCGCGCCGGGCCCCCGCAAGCUAGCCGGCCCGGUCCGAGACCCUUACGGCAACUGCGAGCGGGCGCGCCUGAUCCCCCUCACCACCUUGUUCGGCCACAAUUUCGCAUUCCGCCCCCCGCCCCGCCUCCAGGCCGCUCCCCCGACCCCCUCCCGCAAACACUCCUUCCUCGCCUACCUGGGACUGACCGAGCGGCCCCGAACUCCUUGA